AUGGACGAAACGCCGACAGCGCAGUUCGAUGCUUAUGAAAAUGACUUCAAGCAUCUAAUCUCAAGCAUUUCGGACAAGCUCGAAGGAAGUGGCAAGAAUCUACUCGGAGAGCAGCGUAAAGCAGCCCUGCGGAAGGUGGAGAUCGAACUUGAUGAGGCGGACGACAUCGUAUCGCAAAUCGAACUCGAGCUGCAGGGGAUUCCGCAGUCCGUGAAGGCACCCUACGUCAACCGUCUCAAGCAGGCGAAAGCGGACCUAACCAAGUACAAGAAACUCUCGAAGGAGCUGCAUUCGCAAGCCGCACGCUCGGACCUCCUCGGACCAUUCAAACCCGGGAGGGCAGACUCUGACGACCCGUAUGGAGAGCGGAGUGACCGGGCAAGACUGCUGGCAGGGGCGGAAACUCUAAACGACGGGAGUCGCAGGAUAGGAGAUUCGACUCGAAUCGCGUUGGAGACGGAGAACCAUGGCGCCGAUAUCCUCUCGACGCUGCGAGGCCAGAGAGAGCAGAUCGAGAACUCACGGAACAUGCUCCAGAGUGCUGAUGGCAGCAUCGACCGAGCGUCUGGGACGCUCAAAGGGAUGAUCAGGCAGAUGUACAAGCAACGCUUCAUCCUCAGUGGAAUCGGCGUCUUCUUCGUCGUUCUUGUCUUGUUCGUUCUCUACUUCAAACUCGUGAGGCAUUGA